UUGAAGGGACCGUCUCUAUCCUUGAAGAUGCUGCAGAAGAGCUUUAUCUACAAGCUACCAUUCCAUGGAGGAAUAGAAAGUGGACAUGAUAAUACAUCUUGGUUCUACUCCAAAAGGAUUAUGAAGUGGACAGUGUUUUCCCCCCAGAUGUGAACACUUUUGCUAGCAUGUUCUUCAUAAGAAAUGUUCUGCCAAAGCCAACUCUAAAGUUAGUAGGCUAAACUGAAAACAUAUUUAAUUAUAUUCUGGACAUGAAACUGAAGUUUAUGAGCCGACUGCCGACUGUAUGUGAAUCACCGGGCAUCAGUGACAACAAGUUGAGACGGUUAAAAGAAAAACAAUAGUCAUUCUCCGCGCGUCAGGCAGCUUGGAGCAGUUUAUACAGCCGUGUGGCCAACAGUCCGGGUGCGCGUUUAGGAAAUGGAGCGAAAUAAUGAAAGCUUGUUUCUCUGGAAGUGUAUUAUUUUUCGUGUCGGCAUCCGAUUAUAAAUGUAAUGGGAAUACAAACAGACAUAACAAGUCAAACAUGAGUGUUGAGAAACAUGGCUUAUGUUAUAUUUUCCUAUGCGUAAUGGACAAAUAACAUUAGCUAUAGAGAAGCACCCUCGUUUACAGGGCCAUAGACAGCUGUAGUGAUGAUUUCAGCUGGGGGAGUGAUCACAGGCCAUCUUGCUGCGCUGAAGAGGCAGGACUCUGCCCGCUCCCAGCACCACCUGCCCAUCCAGUCCCCAGCCCCAGGAGAGAUCCAGGAGAAGAGGAAGGCCAAGCGUAAAACCCGGGCCGAUGUGGUGGUGGUCAGGGGGAAAAUCCGCCUCUACUCUGCCUCUGGGUUCUUCCUCAUCCUGGGUGUGUUGAUCCUGAUGGUGGGCGUUGCUAUGGCCGUGCUGGGCUACUGGCCACACACAGAGCCCCUUGUAGCGGCCAACACCAAGCUAUCCACCAACGACACCAGGGUGACCCGAGAGCAGGGCGGUAAGCUGAUCCAGUUUUUUGAGCAGCACCUGCACUCUGAGAAGAUGAAGAUGCUGGGGCCGUUCACCAUGGGUAUUGGUAUCUUCAUCUUCAUCUGUGCCAACGCAAUCCUGCACGAAAACAGGGACCGGGAGACCAAGGUGAUCCACAUGAGAGACAUGUACUCCACCGUCAUCGACAUCCACAGCCUGCGGAUCAAAGAGCACAAGUACGUGAAUGGGGCCUACUCAGGCCCCUAUGGGGAGCAUGAGGUCAGAACCUAUGAGAACCAGUGUGCCUCCAAGCUAGCUGCUAACACCCUGCUAGGGUUUCCCGGUGUGGGGAACGACGUGAAGGUGUCACGCAGGACCGGCUCUAUGGAGGACGAGGAGGGUCUUCUCAACGAGGCCAAGGGGGGGCAUGGCCUUGUGCCUUCAUUCUGCAGAGAGCGCUCUGGCUCCAUCUUUGGCUUGCAGCAUGAAGGCAGUCGCCAUGAGAAGAGCAACUUCCCCAAGAGAUGCCAGACCAGGUCCAUCGUCUCAUCCUCCAUCAGCGCUUUUACCCUGCCUGUCAUUAAGCUCAACAACUGUGUGAUCGACGAGCCUGACAUGGACAACAUUACAGAGGACCUGGAGCACAUGAGGGUUAGGUCCAGACCCCCCUCUAUGCAGUCCCUUUCCCUGGCUGUGCCUGUCCCGGCAGACAUCGCCCAAGCCUACAAACCUCCUGGUGUCAUGCUCCUCAGGAGCAAUUCGGCCACAGAGUCCCACACCGUGUCCUCUCGUAGCUCUCUGUCCCCAGGUUCUGCCAGUGGGAGCUACCUGUCCCCCAGGGCGGCCCGGAAGGACUUUGGCUCCAACAACUCCCUCCACAUGCUGUCUUCUCACUCCAAGUCUCUGGACCUGGAUCGAAGGCCCACCACCCUGACAGUGAAGCCAGAGCAGAGGAAACAUCCCAGCUGGCCCCGGCUGGACCGCAGCAACAGUAAAGGCUACAUGAAGCUGGAGAACAAGGAGGAUCCUAUGGACAGACUGCAGCUGCCCCAGGUAGCAGUCAAAAGGGAUUACACCAAGAAAGAGAAACUGCUCAUGAUCUCCAGGUCUCACAAUAACCUCAGCUUUGAACAUGAUGAGCAGUUCAUGAGCAACACUAUGAAACGAGGGAGCUCGGAGACCAGGUUUUAAACUCUUACAAAGCCUGGUCCCAGAUGUUUGUACUGUCUUGCAAAAAUGACCAUAAAUAUGUAGGAUCUUAAUUUGAGUCAGUUAGCUACGGCAGGAAAUAUUCUUGGAGUACCAGGAAAUGUGCAUUAUAAUUAAUGGACAUUUUUUGUAGGGGUUGAUACAUUUUUCAGUAGGGCAAAUCAAGUCUGACAUUUUAAA